CAUUUCAGUAAAGAUCCUCAAUACCUUUUAUGUAUACAGUGAUUCAGCUCGUCUGGAUUUAAGACACAACAGAUGCCAAUUAUUGUACCAUCCUACGCAGAACAUUUGGAUCCGUCCGCACUUCCCGCAACUUCUCCGCCUGCAUCAAAAGUACGACCAGACCUGACGAGUGUGCCAUUACGUCAUCCCCAACCCAGCGCGAGCGCUCCGUCGAAACGUUCCUGUCCCGUCAACCUCCGCCCCUGCAGUCAUGCCACUGUCAGACGUGCGAUACUGUGACUUUCACAGUCAAACUUCCUAAAAAAAAGAGGAAUUUUAUCAUCACCAUCAUCUCGGCGUUUAAUGCAAAUACGAUAAACGACAGCACUUCCGCGAGGAUCUUUUCGCUGGUGUAUGUAUGGGAGUGAAGUGAACCGGGGAGUGCGAGGAGAGAAAGAGGAGGUCUGAUUCAUCUAGACGCACACAGUGGGAGGAGCCAUGACUGAGGGGGAGGGGCAGUUCUACAGCGUGCAGGUGGGCGACUCCACCUUUACGGUGCUCAGGAGGUACCAGCAGCUCCGUGCCAUUGGAUCUGGUGCUCAGGGUAUCGUCUGUUCGGCUCUUGACACCGCACUUGGCAUCCCUGUUGCUGUGAAGAAACUGAGUCGGCCGUUUCAGAACCAGACCCAUGCGAAACGGGCCUACAGAGAGAUGGUUCUGCUAAAGUGUGUUAAUCACAAGAACAUUAUCCAUUUGCUGAACGUCUUCACCCCUCAAAAGUCACUGGAAGAAUUCCAGGAUUUGUACUUGGUGAUGGAGCUGAUGGACGCUAGCCUUUGUCAGGUCAUCCACAUGGACCUGGACCAUGAGAGGAUGUCCUAUCUGCUCUACCAGAUUCUGUGUGGCAUUAGACAUCUACACUCGGCUGGUAUUAUUCACAGGGACCUGAAACCCAGUAAUAUAGUAGUGAAGUCCGAUUGCACUUUAAAGAUCUUAGACUUUGGUCUGGCCAGGACCGCCUGCACUAACUUCAUGAUGACCCCCUAUGUAGUGACCAGAUACUACAGAGCACCAGAGGUCAUCCUGGGCAUGAAGUACAAAGAGAAUGUGGAUAUCUGGUCGGUGGGCUGCAUCAUGGGUGAGAUGGUCAAAGGAAGCGUCAUAUUUCAGGGCACUGAUCACAUUGACCAGUGGAAUAAGGUCAUUGAAAUUCUAGGAACUCCUCCUCUAGAGUUUAUGAAUCGUUUGAUGGAGACUGUCAGGAACUAUGUGAUGAACAAACCUCAAUUUCCCGGAGUCUGUUUUAAUGAGCUGUUUCCCGACUGGGCGUUUCCUUCAGAGACGGAGCAUGACAAGAUCAAGACUAGUCAAGCACGGGACCUGCUGUCCAAGAUGCUGGUGAUCGACCCUGAGAGCCGUAUUUCCGUACAGGAGGCCCUCAAUCACCCCUACAUCCAUGUGUGGUACGACCCAGCCGAGGCUGAUUCGCCUCCUCCACAGAUAUCAGACAAGCAGUUAGAAGAGAGAGAGCACAGCAUUGAGCAAUGGAAAGAGCUGAUUUAUAAAGAAGUGAUGGACUGGGAGGAGAUAAACAAGAAUGGAGUGUUGAAAGACGAGUGUUUAGUAGACGGUACAGUGAACAGCAGCGCCACGGCCUCCCAGUCCUCCUCCAUCAAUGACAUCUCAUCGAUGUCAACAGAACAGACGCUGGCCUCAGACACGGACAGCUCCUGCAUCGACACUCUCGCAGGAGCGCUAGACGAGUGACAGCGGGACCCAGCUUCCACCUCCAUCACUUUCACAUACAUCACAAUCCUCUCUCUCGUGUGUGGGCCGUGCCGUGGUCUUGACUGAAGAGAAAUGUGGGUGCAUGUUCAAGUGGCUUCAAGUUUACACUCCGUAUCGUUCACUCCUGCUUUUAAUAGGGCUGGUCUGCCACUGUAAUUCUAUAUCACCUCUCACAAAGAACACAGCCGUUGUUAGAGUUUUAUGUCCGCUAUGACUGAAGCUUUGAUAACUUGCCUCCAGUACUUUUACAUUUAACCCCAUCUUUACAUUUUUCUUUAAGGUUUUCAAAGAAUGGGCAGAUAGGAGUUGAUGAGUAAAUUGUGUCACAUUUCACUUGCCCUCAUAUGGCAUAUUUAGUGUCGCAACCUGUUUAAGCAGUGCGCAUUAGAGAGAUCCAUCUUUUAGUCAUUAAUGUUCUGUCUCUAUCACCCUUUCUCUCUCUCUCUCUCUCUCUCUCUCUCUCUCCAUCUCUGAUGUAGCUUUUAUUGCCUUUCAUUUCAUCACCUAAAAGAACCACAGAUAUAAAUUCACGGACAACUUUAUAGCUAGUCCGUCUAGAACGUCCUGUUACAAGUAUUGCUGCAUGUUAUUAACAAAGAGCACUUACUAGAAAGAUGGCGUGACUACAGAUCCGUGACAUAUGCCACACACACCUAAAACCAGGAUAGUAGAAUCUGCUUCAGUACAGUCACUGCUUCAAACAACCCGAUCCUGCAUUUCAGAUGUUUAGGGUGUGGCAAUGUGUUUAGAUACGUACAUAGAUUUGGUUUAUGUUCUUAUAUUCUUUCUUGGUGCUGUUGAGACAUCAUUUUGCAAAUAUGCUUAUGAACUGUAAAGUAAGGAAAUAUGGAAUUUGAUUUAAAAAAAAAGGGUUAAGAUUUCAAUUUAAUUUCAAACGAACAAAUCUGAGUGAGAUUUAGAUGUGACGUCAUUAUGAAAGUAAUUUAUCACCGCUGGCACCUUCACGUCACGCCAUGUAAUAUUGUACGAGCUAAUGCAGACCAUUGCCUUUUUAAUCUGAAAAGCCCAUAAGAAUGUUGUACGAAGCGAAUUUAUCAGUUUUUUAUUUCUUCGCUUUUCUCUUGUUAAAUAGUAAUGACAUGAAUUAUCGAGGACAUAUUUUUACAGCUGUUUUCUUAUUGUGUGUGUUCUUCCUUUAGUUACUGUGUUUGGAUGCUUUCUGUUUAACAACAUGUUGUAGCUAGCCAUGUGCAUCCAGGCACUUUAGGAGGCCCAUAUAGAAUUUGUGCAAAUUCUGCAUAGUAGAAAAAUUUGGUACAUUUCUUUGCUCUGUUGGCGCACACAAGAAGAUAUUUUGGAGAAUGUGGGAAAGCAAACUGUCCUACUAUGGUUGUCAAUGGUGCCAAAAAAACAAUCAUUCUUCCAAAUAUCUAUCUCUGUGUUCAUCUGAACAAAGACAUUUAUACAGAUUAGGAACAACUCGAGGGUGAUUAAAUGAUGAGAGAACUUUCAUUUUUGGGUGAACUGUUCCUUAAAUUGCUUUGGAUUAAAGCAUCUGCCAAAUGCGUAAAUCUUUGGUAAACUGUGAUUUAAAUCUCCAUUUAACAAACUUGGAGACGUUCAUGUUUAAAUGCAUUUUACAGAAUUUCCCCUUAAAAUAAAACAAAACACUUUUUUAAAAUAAAUGUUAGAUUCUGUCUGGGCCUGACAGUAACAUAACUACCUUACAAAACCAACAACUCCACAAUCAAAAGCAUGGAAGUCUUUUAACAUUAAGAGGUAGUCAAGUCACUGUCACAAAUAACAAUGUCAUCAAGCUUCCUGCCUCUAUUUGCAGUUUGUCCAGUGUCAUUUCAAAUGUUGCUUGUUUCUACCUGUACAGUAUAUGUCAUUGUCAUACCACAAGACUUGUUCAUUCCAUAAAGUCCUGAAGACUCAGAAAGCCGUCUUCCUCUGGCUUUAGACGAUAGCUGAGGACGAGUCGUGUGUGUUUUUUAGCGUGCCUCCAAGCUCUGUUGCUGGACUUAAUCAGAAGGACUGGUCCUACAUGGACAGGACAGGUGGAUAUGCAUCACCAUCACAUCCAUGCCUUAAUCUUCUCACUAACACCGCUGCAGCUUUGCCAGAAAAACAAAACAAAUGAUGGUAAUGCACCAACAAUCAAGUUUUGUUUUUCUUCAUGGCUGGAUUGCUUGCUAACAUUGCACUUCUUUAGUUCUCUUAAUAGGGAUUUCUAUUUAAGACUAUUUAGAUACGUACCAUUUUCAAUCUCCAGCUUUUGGGGUCUCAUUUGGUGCUUCACCAUAUUCACAGUGAUAUGUAUUAUAAUAAUGCAAUAGUGCAUUGUGUUUUUAUCAUUUCUACUCAUGUUGGGAACUCGCUAUGAACACUAGUGAUUGACCUCUGUGGCAUCGAGACUCGAGUCAAUGAACAAAGCUGGCUCACGCUUUCUCAAGGGCUUGCUUUCUCUUCUGUCAGUAUCCGUUUCCUUUGCAGAUGAGAAAGUGUGUCUGUGAUAAACAAUGUGUUGGUCACCGACAAUCCUUUACAAGAGGUGAAUUAGUAAUGACUUGAAUGUUCACUUUAUAGGCCUUCAUUUACUUCCAACGUUCUCAUCUUCCUAAGAAAACAGUUCUCAUGACAUCAUUGAAAUCCUGUAAAAGGAACAGUUAUCUGCUCUGUGCUAGUAAUGUCUGUUUAGCUUUCAUGUGUUUUGUAUUGUUGUGCUACAUAUGGUACCCUGUUAUUGGGUUAUAGAGCAACCAAAUCACAAACCCAUCUGAAACAUAUGCAAAAUCUGUCAACAGUAAUAGAGAUUACUUUCUGUGUAAAAGAAAUAGAAGUUAACCUCUGUGACAACUGGCCAAAUAAAAUGCUCAAAUUAAA